AUGGCAACAAGGGUUGUUACAAAGCUCGCUUGGUGGCUAAAGGCUGCACUUAGCAAGAAGGGCGAUGGUUCUCAAAAUUUUCUCAAGCUCUUAUCCUCCAUGGUUUUCAUCAGUCCAGCCAGGUCCCAUAAAGGCAUCUUUCUUUCUCAAAGACAUUACAAUCUCCGGCUCCUUGAAGACACUAGCAUCCUUGCUUGUAAACCAGCUCAAUUGCCUAUGGACCCCAAAGUUCGUCUCAGUUCCUUUAAGGGAGGCCUUCUUGAAGAUGCAUCUCUAUAUCAAAGACUUGCUAAACAGCAGAGUAAAUUAUUCAGAUCUUCUGCAGAAGCAGAGUACCGUGCAUUAGCUUCCACAACCACUGCAAUCUAUAUUGCCAAUAAUCCUAUUUUCAUAAGAAACACAUUGAGAUCGCUUGAUAAGAUCAAGGAUGGAUUUAUCAAAAUCCUAUCUAUAUGUAUUCAGCUCCAGUUAGCUAACAUAUUCACUAAGCCAGUUCCAGCUUCUGUUUUUUUUCUUCUAUUGUUCAAGAUGACUAUUAUUGACUUGCAUAGUCCAUCUUGA